UUAAAUCGGUAACUCAAAGACUUUCUCCAGAGAGAGAAAGAAAAAAGAAUACUUCUCUCUUCCUGGUUUAUAAUAUCCCCCAUUUUGUCAAUUCCAUAUUAGAUUUUUAUUCUUCACUAAUGGCUUUCAUGUUCUUCAACUCUCUUCUUCUUCUUCUUCUUCUUCUUCUUCAAAUCUCAUGUUCUAGAUUCUCAUUGGCAUUGCAAGAGAACUCAUCAGCCACGGUUCGCUCGGGUCAGAUCAAUUCCAACUCAGUCCUGGUGGCUUUGUUAGACUCACAUUACACUGAGCUUGCCGAGUUGGUGGAGAAAGCUUUGUUGUUGCAGACCCUUGAGGAAACUGUCGGCAAACACAAUAUCACCAUUUUCGCUCCUAAAAAUGAAGCUCUUGAGCGGGAUCUCGACCCUGAGUUCAAGCGGUUUUUGCUUGAACCUGGUAAUCUCAAGUCCCUCCAAACUCUCUUGCUUUACCACAUUGUCCCUGCUAGGAUCGAUCGUCAUUCAUGGCCCAAAUCGACUUCGGCGUUAACCCAUCAUUUUACUUUAUCAAAUGAACGAGUUGAACUCUCCGGCGACGAUUCCUCCGGUGAAAAAUUCAUUGGUUCGGCCAAAGUCAUUUCCCCCAACGCUGUUGACCGUCCCGACGGUGUCAUCCACGGCAUCGAACAACUAUUGAUCCCUCGAUCGGUGCAACAAGAUUUCAACAAUCGUAGAAGCCUUCGCUCAAUCUCCGCUGUCAAACCAGAAGGAGCUCCGGAAGUUGAUCCCAGAACCCACCGCUUGAAAAAACCAGCACCCCCGGUCAAGCCCGGAGCUCCACCCGUCCUCCCAAUCUACGACGCAAUGGCUCCAGGCCCAUCGCUAGCUCCGGCACCAGCACCCGGACCCGGCGGACCUCACCAUCAUUUCAACGGAAUGAGGCAAGUCAAAGAUUUCAUCCAAACUCUGAUACAAUACGGAGGGUACAAUGAAAUGGCGGACAUUUUAGUGAACUUAACAUCGUUAGCCACCGAAAUGGGACGCCUGGUUUCCGAAGGUUACGUUUUAACCGUUUUAGCACCCAACGACGAGGCAAUGGCGAAGCUAACGACGGACCAGCUGAGCGAACCUGGCGCGCCGGAGCAAAUCAUAUAUUACCAUAUAAUCCCAGAGUACCAGACGGAGGAAAGUAUGUACAAUGCGGUGAGGAGAUUUGGGAAAGUGUCGUACGAUACAUUGAGGUUGCCGCAUAAAGUGUUGGCUCAAGAAGCUGAUGGGUCUGUUAGAUUCGGGCACAGCGAUGGAUCUGCGUAUUUGUUCGAUCCCGACAUUUAUACCGACGGAAGGAUCUCCGUUCAGGGUAUCGACGGCGUCCUUUUCCCGCCGGAAGAGAAAGCUAAGGAAGAAAAGAAAACCAUCAAAGUUGCCACUGUGAAACCCAGAAGAGGGAAGUUGCUUGAAGCUGCAUGCCGAAUGCUUGUGGCUAUUGGACAAGAUUCACGUUUCACCUCUUGCCGACAAUGAACACAACAAUUACUUCCUCCAUAUCAUAAACAAAUCUUCAAACAACAAAAAAAGGUGAACCAGCAUAGUAUAAAGUCCUGGAAUGAUGUUUUGCUCUCUGCAUUAGGAUUUUAGUUUUCUUUUUUUCUUCUUUCCCCUUUUUUGUUCUAUAUUCUAUGGUUCAUAAGGCAGCAAAAAGGUCACCCUGGUUGGUUGCUGAUCCUCAAGUCUACAAGAUUUUUUCUUUCUUUUCUUUUCUAUUCUGUCAAAUUAUGUGUGUAAUAAUCUGGUGAUAGUGGUGGUGGAGGAAGGGAGGUGGUUGCCAGGGUUGUAAAUGAAUCGAGCUUGAACGAACGGAUUCCUGUUCAUGUUCGUUUGUUUAUUUUUAAGCUUGUCCGUUCGUGUUCGCUAAAAGUUUUAAAAUUGUUUGUGUUUGUUUAUUUAAA